AUGAUUUCAACAAUCGGCACAACAACAAUUCAAACAACUACGGCACCAAAUUCAUUAAUCAUGAAUCCUACGUCAAUGUUGGUAGAGAUGAAAAGCUUCAUUCCUUCUUCAUAUACUUUUGAGACAGAAAUACAAAGAAUUAAGCAAGAACUUUUAACAAGUAAUUUAGACUGUAGUGCGAAAGAUGAAACAAAUGAACAGUAUCUUUAUGACAUGCAGGACAUUAUUGACCAUUUACCCAAAUUGCCUGAAAUUCAGCAGCAAAAACUAACUAUUCCUGAAUUCGAUGAAAUUGAAGUUAAAGUUACUGACUCAGUAGAAAUAAAGAAGUUCAUACGUAAAGUAAACUAUGAGUUUCUAGGAUAUCAUUGCAACCAUAAAGUUAUGAACAAAGAUUGCGACAUGGUUUAUAAAAACAUUUCUGACAUAUAUAAAUCUGAGGAGUUUAAGACUUACGAUAACUUUGUUUCAUUAGCUGCUGAAUGUGUGUGGCAGAUAAGAGAUAAAGACAGAAGAGGCAAAGUAUGGAACAAACAGAUAAAACCAACAACUUUUGAGUUAAAGAAAACCAUUGACGCCUUAGUUGUUCUAGCAGGUCAAAUUUCAAUGUAUAACGCAAAAAUGAAUCCGCAAUGCUCAAAAUGUAAAGCAGCAAUGAGGAAAUAUAACUACUCCGUCAAAGAGAUAGAACGUAUGAGAAACGACUAUGCUGACUUAAAGAAAGAAGUAGAGAAACCAGCAGAAGAUAAAAUGGACAUGUUAGCAUUUCUGAACAAAAACUAUCCAACAGCUGACGAUUUCCUUCUAUCUGACGUCAAGAAGAAGUAUAAAGAAACUUUCGACAUUGUUAAAAGUUUUGACAUACUGACAGAAGAAAUAGAAGCUACGAAAUUGUUUAGAAUUUCAAAUAUACAUCGUACAAUUCAUGUAAAACGCUUAUAA